UCUCCACCAGUCGCUGCACCUUCUCAACAUGUCCAGAUUCUUCAUAUGAUCCCCCCCCCCCCCCUCUCUCUCUCUCUCUAUCUCUCUACACUCCCAUUUUCUCUUUCUUCUCUCCCUUCCCCACAACCAAGCAAUACUCUUUCAGGCAUUUGUUUAUCUGAACUCAGAUUGUCUAGCAAAGCAUUAGGAAGAUUUUUGUUGCAAAAAGCUUACAGGUAGCAACCUUUCUCUUUUUCUGGGGAAAUUUUAUUGAAGUUUAACCAUUCCAGAGCUUUCCAGCAAUAUUUCUGCCUCUUACAUCAUGUUCUUUUAUGUGGGUAUCUCUUAAAUCUUGAAAAGAAACUCUCUCUCUGUUCCAUUUUCCAUAUGGGUGUGUCUUGAUCUAUAUAGAUCACUGAAAAAAUUGGAGAAAAAGAAAAUAUAUACAGAUAGAUACACAUACAAAACAAGAAGUGAAGAUCAAUCAUAGGAAGAUGAAAAUCCAGUGUGAUGUGUGUGAGAAAGCUCCAGCAACGGUGAUUUGUUGUGCGGAUGAGGCGGCACUAUGCACAAAAUGUGACGUUGAAGUUCAUGCAGCUAACAAGCUUGCAAGCAAGCACCAGAGGCUACUCCUUGAGUGCCUCUCCAACAGGCUCCCUCCUUGUGACAUAUGCCAAGAGAAGGCAGCAUUCAUUUUCUGUGUUGAAGACAGAGCUCUCUUUUGUCGGGAUUGUGAUGAGCCAAUCCAUUCAGCCAGCAGCCACGCUGCAAACCACCAGCGAUUUCUAGCCACUGGAAUCCGAGUAGCGCUGAGCUCAAACUGCACCAAGGACACAGAGAAGAGCUGCUUUGAGCCACUGCCACCCAAUCACACUGCACAAAAGGUUGCUAUGAAAAAGCCUACUCUAAACAGUUCUGGUUUCACAUCACCGUCUUGGGCUGUUGAGGACCUACUACAGCUUUCAGAUUUUGAAUCCUCUGACAAAAAGGAACAGCUUGAGUUCGGAGAGCUUGAGUGGUUGACAGACAUCGGUCUUUUUGGUGAACAAGUUGCUCAAGAGGCCUUGGCAGCAGCGGAAGUUCCUCAGCUUCCAGCAUCACAGUCAAGUAAUGUUACAUCAUAUAGACCAAACAAAUCCUACAUGCCUCACAAGAAGCCCAGAAUUGAAAUUCCCGAAGAAGACGAUGAGCAAUUCACUGUCCCUGAUCUUGGUUGAACUUGCACAUUCAAAUUCACAGCGGAUAUGCACCAAAACAUAGAUUCAUCUGUCUGUUUAUAUAUGUUUAUUUGCAUUCAGGUAAUUAGGAUAAGGGUUUGGUAUAGACUCUGUGUCUCGUUUUCUCUAUUUGCUGUGCAUUUUCAUUUACAUUUGAUAUAAGAAGCCAUUAUUGGGAAUGGCAAAUGCACCUAGGAUCUAAUACACACCAUAUGAUAUGGCUGACUGGGUGAAGAAUAAUGUUUUUUUGUACCUUAUGUUCUUUUUUUGCUAAGAAACAUAAUAUAUUUGAGUUUCUUUUGCUUUCUUUAGAAGUUUAUUGGAUAUAAUUUUUCUACAUAUCAUGUC